CUAAUAACUUUAGCAAUGAAAGACCAUAACAAAUCGUGUAAAUGUUUUUCAUCUUGUGCAAGCAAAGUCACUAUUAACUAUUGUUUAACAACUUUUUUCAUCAUUAUUUUAUCUGUCAAUUAUUCUCAUGCUUUUUGGUUCUGGUGGACUGGACCUGAGCCUGAAGUUCCUACCACCGAGCCACCAGAAGAGAAUCCAAAGACAUCUACAGAUUCUGGUAAAAGGUCUCCUUCUGAAGAUGUCAUCCCUGAACCAGCAGUAGAGAAUCACUGGCCAAUCGUGAAUUGUAGCUUCUGUCAGUUUAGUUGCCACUCGAAAAGGUUGUGUAUUAGACCGCAUUUGGUUUGUGAUGGAAUCAAUGAUUGUGAUGAUGGAUCAGAUGAGCUUCCAUGUCCAAACGUAACUUCAAUAAUUGAUCCAGCUUUAGAUUGUGAGAAUGGUGAAUGUCCUCGGUCAUACGAACGUAACCCAGGUGAAUGUAAUUGUCAGUGUUUAGGUGAUUCUCGCUGUGCUGCAUGGGUUUACGGAGAUCCAGUGUGUACAUACCGCAAAGGAGAAGUACCUUUGAUCGUCUUUUCCACAUUAAAUGACUUAUUUCAAGCUGAUCUACCAGAAAAUCGUACAGAAGUACAGGUAAUUCAGCGGAACAUGGGCCACAGAAAUUUGUAUGCUAUAAGUGCUUUUGAUUACAGAGCCGUCGAGAAGCUCUUAAUUUGGUUCGAUUCGAUUGAAAACAAAAUAUUUACGGGAAGAGUCAAUUUAGAACAGGAGUAUCUCAUUGGAAUCCAUGGACGUCAAGUAGUUAUUGGUGGGACAAAUAAAAUUCAUGCAUUUGUUUAUGAUGGGAUGAACUACGCUUUAAUCUGGAUUGAUGACUAUGGAAUCAGAUCUGAAAAAUUGCAUGAGACAUCUUUCAUUGCGAUGAAUCAAACUAAACUUUACCGUACUUUGGAUCCUUCUUAUGAUAGACCUGGAUCUAUCACUAUCGAUGUGAAGAAACAGUGCAUCUUUUGGACAAAUAUUUGUCCAAAUAGAUCUAAUUUUAUCGAGCGAAUCGAUAUAAGCGGUGAACCUAGAACUCAAAUAGUUGAAACGAACAUCUUGCUUAUAGUUGGUUUAGCGAUUGACACUAAAAACUCCAGAGUCUAUUGGAUUGAUGGUUUAUAUGGUACAUUGGAAUCGGUCGGAUAUGAUGGAACCAAUCGUAUCAUUUUGUAUGAAUCUUUCCCCUUCAUGGAUGAACUUAUAUCAAUGGACAUAUUUACAAAUUAUUUGUACUUCACUGACAAGGCAAACGGUACUAUUCAACGUAUCAAUAUAAACAAUGCAGUCAAAAAAGUUGAUACAUUGAUAUCUGUUCCUAAUGGACCACCUACAUGGGUCAAAAUAGUUAACCCGAGUAAACGUAGACGGAAAAGUUACGUCCGAUUGCUGUCUUUAUUUCAACCCAAAAAUGCGAUUAUAUUAACCUGAUUUCCCGACUGUAGAUAUGUAAAUUAAAAACGAAUCAGUCGCAAGAAUCAUAUCCGAUGAAAAAGUCUUCAUGGGUUCAGCUGAAAUCCAAACUGGUUUCCUAUGAAAAUUGAAAAAAAUGUCCAUUAAUUGCAAUAAAAGUGGAAAAACUGAUGCUAACGUAAAUGCCAUGUUUCACUAGAUAUGGAUGAAGACAUGAAGGCAACGUGUUAUGCACAAGUCGAGGUUUUUCAUUCAAUUUGUAGAUUCAUUUAAAUUGCUUGAUGAAAAGAUAACAUUUAGACUCUAAACAAUAUAAAAACAACACAAGAAAAGAUAAAUCAAUUUCAAUAAAGCUGAAUAAAAGUGAAUGAACUUAAUUUUGGAAGAAAUGAGUUUAAUUUAUAUCACUUGA